AUGCUCCAAUGUCCACAUUGAAUACAAAUUUACGCAUUUGCACGUCCUGCCGUCUAAACGGUGACAAAAGAGCAAUCUGUAUAUCAUCGGUUGAGCAGAGCGCAGGAAGUUCGAAAACGACAGCAACUGAGGAAUUGCCAGAUGUAUCGACAACAACUGAGGAAUUACCAGAAGUAUUAAGUGCUGAGAGCCUUGCCACCGUACCAUCAGCGAAAUCUGUUUCAACAAAUCAAUCGGAAGAUGAGUGUAUCCAAAAGGUCAACAUCGAACGCUUUAACGAGGGCAUAGCUGGGAUAAAAGUGACUCCGAUUAAAUGGAGUAAGAUGGACUACGUUUAUUACCCGGAGAAAAAAUACCGUGAAAUAAACGAAGCUGUACGAAGAAACCUCUUCAAAUUAGGACCUGAUGAUGUGGAAAAUACAGACUACGAUGAGUUUUUUUUCUCUUGUUCGAUUCUGUUCUUCUGUUCCGUGUACCACGAAGCCCUGGCCAUCCGGAAGAUGUUCCCUGCUGAAUUAAAAUCGAGCACGACGCCAUGCAAAACCGUCUUCAACGCAAACGCCCGGAUGAGCAGCUGGAAUAACCUAAAUCCAAAUCCUUACCCCGUCCAUCCUGAAUUAAGUAAAAUAUAACCUUGAGUCACCACGAGUAUUAUGGUCUAUGUCCCUUCCCUACUAACGGUUAAUGAUAAGAUGAUACAAAGUAUAAAGAUAUCAUACUUAAGAAUUGCGGCUCCGCAAAGUGUCACACAC